AUGGCUCCCAGAAUGAGAAAACGCAAGUCUGCUGCCAUCGUGCGCGACGAUAGUGACGUCGACGUGGAUGUGCCGCCGAAGCGCGCGAAAGACGCCUCAGGGAAUCCUUUUCAACCGGACACGAAACCACAGACAGACUCGGACGGAAACACAUUCUGGGAGAUCUCCAAGAAUCGACGCGUGACUAUUUCAGAUUUCAACGGCAAGAAGCUGGUCAACAUCCGAGAAUACUAUCAGAAGGACAAUGAAUGGCUACCAAGCAAAAAGGGGAUCUCGAUGAGCCUCGCGCAGUAUUCCGCCUUCAUCGAUAUCAUGCCUCAGAUAGAGGGACUGCUCCAGAAACAAGGCGAAACAGUACCACGACCCGAUUACAGUGGCAUCGCUCCAGCCGCAGCAUCGCAGAAUGGCGGGCAGGAAAACGACGACGACACCAAUGUCAAAGAAGAAAUGGACUCCAAAAAGGCCAAUAUCGAAGCAACUAGCGAUGAAGAAGAGUGA